ACCAAAUAGCUUCAAUCGAUAUUACAACUAAACAGUGAUUUGAAUCGAAUAGAGCAAGUCUGAGAUAUGGAAGCUUUAUCACAGGCAGUUAAAAAGAAGUUGAUUCAAGAAACGAAAAAAAAGGAUGAUUUGUCGAAACAAUAUGGAAACAAUGUGUCGAAAAUAUAUUAGAUUGUAUUGAAGAUCCUAAAACAUCGAGAAUCUGAGACUACAAUAGCAGAAAACUCAGCUGGUUAUGAAAAUAAUCAGAAAGCUACUAAUCGUAAAUAUCUAAUAAGUGGGCUUGACAACAUUGCUGGACCCUUUAAAGCUAUAAACGAAGCAAUAAAAGGUUGUCUAGUGAACAAAUAUAUAAGUGCAAUCUUUACAAUUAUACACAAAAAUAAAUGGGCGAAGGGAAAAUUAGCAGCUAACAUUCAGAAUAUUAUUUAAAAAAAGUUACAAAUGGGUCUAUUGAAAUAAAAUGGUAUUAGAGAAUUCUGAAAAAGUUGGAAUUAACUAGCAAUUAGAUGCUGUAAGUAACUGAAGAUUUAUGCGGUGGAAAAUUGAAAUAAAGUUUAUAUAUGAAUCUAAGAUUAAAAUUGCUCUUAUCGAGCUUUGAAUCAUGAUAAAAAGCAAACUUUAUUAUCAAAUUUAGAUAAAAAGUUAAAAAGACUCAAAUCUAAAAAAUUAAAUACUGAUAUGAAGAUCACAUAUAGCCGUUAUUAACUUUAAUUAAGUUAGUAAAUGAUUGAAGUUAACGCUAUUUUGUAGAAGAGAAGUUUCAGGAAAGACCUCAUGAUCUUGAAAUUAUCGGAAGGGUUUUUCUAAUUAAACGGUGGCGGUAAUUGGUGAGGGAAGGUUUGAAAUAAUAAAUAAAAAUAAAACUUAAGCUCAUAUCGCAAUAUCAUUACUGUAAUAGUUAGGUAUAAAGAACAUCUUUCUUUAAAAGAACAAAUUCUGCUACCAGGUGUCCGGAGCAAAUUUAAGGAAGCCGGAAAAGAGAUUGGAAACAGGCUUACGUUUUUGCACUAAGAUUUUAGUAUUGACCCAACAAAAACGAAACAAAAUAUAUGGAGAUUUCUAUAUGAAGCAUCUUCAUUUUGAAGAGCGAUGGCAUUUGAAAUUUAACAUAAAUUUGGUUGCGCCCACUGUAUCAAGAUGCUACAUCGCUAGGGUGCUUCUCAUCUGAAUAUGUAGAAUUACGUCAUCAAAAUAAGUAGCGAAAAAGAGCUGGCCGGGAGGGCCUAGCAGGUCAUGACCUGCACUUGUUGGUAGGAUUGCAAAAUUAGUCAGAAGGAUGAGAGCAGGUGUCGGCAUACAGCAUACAGGUUGGCGGCUUGCAAAGCUCGAGAUAGCUACCCAGCGACUGCAUAAACAAAUGUUCAGGUGAAGAAUAUUUCGAAGUUCGGCAAAAGUGUGUCGAAGAGUUUUGAUUGGAAACACACAUUUUGAAAUUGCUGCUAUAAAAAAUACUGGGUUGUUGUGUUGCUAGAGAUGAGCUCUGACAGCGAUUCUGGAAGGGACGUUGCAAUAAGCGAUUUCGAAGAAGCUCAUAAGCGGCGAAAAAGUGUCAGUAUUUAUCAAUAUACUGGCGAAAGAAACGAUAACAAGGAGCGACAUGGGAGAGGUAAGGCCUGCCUUUCGAAUGGUGAUGUUUACGAAGGAAGUUACGAGCAUGGAUUACGGCAUGGCAAGGGGAAGUAUGUGUACACGUCGCAAGACAAAGCGAUGUACACAGGGGAAUAUUUGUUUAACAGAAAAGAUGGCAAGGGGACCUUUUAUUAUGCUGAUGGGUCAAGAUACGAGGGGAACUGGAAGAACGACAUGAGACACGGCUUUGGAGUGUAUUAUUAUAAGAACGGGGACGUGUAUGGGGGAGAGUGGAACAACGACCAAAGGCAUGGGAAGGGGAAGUACAGAUAUGCAGCAAAUAUGAUGUCAUACGAAGGGUUCUGGGAAAAAGGAAAGCGUCACGGUGAAGGGAAACUGGUAUUUGAUGGAAUCACGUACGAAGGUCGGUUUGUAGAGGAUGAAAUGAUUGGACCAGGAACUUACACUUUUGAGGAUAAUAGUAAACAAAUCGGUGAAUAUGUGAAAAGUAAAAAGAUUCUUGACCCAAAAGAAAUAGAAAAGAAUGCAGAGGAGGAAGAUGAACAGCAGAAGUCUGAAGUUGAUGAAGGUUUGGAUGGCAAAGGUGACGAAGCAAAUAUGAAGAAAAGCGAAAAUGUCGAGGCCGAAUAUAGCGCGGAUUAUGAGAGCGAAACCGAGUCUGAACGUCACUCAGAAGAGGCUGGUCCAGAGGAUAUGAGCCGGGGAAAGGAGAAAAGGAACGCCUAUGAACGGGACGAGAGUGAAGAGAGCGACAAGGAGGCGGAGGAUACAGAGCAACAUAGAUAUAAGAGUGAUAAAGAAGAACAAGAAAAUAAAAAUGAAAAAAACAAUAGAAAUAAGCAAAAAGAUAAAACGGCCAAUACAGAUGAAUAUAUAAUAACAUGGAAAUGUCAUAAAAAAAUUCGUGGCUAUGGAGGAAACAAAAAUGAAGAAGAUGAGCCAUCAAUAUAAAUCUAGAGUCAUUCUUAUGCAAUUCGUAGUUAUUUGAUUCGCCUUCAGACAUGACACAAUUUAAUUGACUUGGUAGCAUAGUGUUAAUCUUUGGUAUUGAAAGGCAUAAGUUACUAAAAGUGGUCCUUGAAAUGCCGAAGGCUGGAGAUGUAAACUAAUAAACCUUGAGAAAUGACAUAGAGGAGAGGUGUGCUUCAAACGCAUUGGAUCCUAGCUAAACCUUUGCGCUAAGAAAGAUAGCCAAGGGCACACGCGCCUCUCGUAAGCAGAAAACAGUAGGUGCUACGCUCUUCAUAAAAAACUUGUUUUUAUUUUAUGCUCGUCGAGGAGGCGCUUCUUUCGAAACUACAGGUCUUUAAAUGACAAAUUACUACUGAUCGAGACUUUCUGAUGUGGAGAUACCCCGAUGAUCGAGAUUCCCUGAUGAUUGAGAUUCCCUGAUGAUCGAGAUUCCCUGAUAAUCGAGAUGCCCUACCAACCGAAGCUUCCUAGCAAAAGAGACGAAAGGAAAUAGGAAGAAAAACUCUUUCAAUAGCGAUGAUGUUUUAAAUCCGAUCCGUUAUAAAUCCCGUUCAUAUGAAAAUGCUGACAAAUAAAGUGGCCCAUUCAAUCAAACCUGCAGUCUAAACUUUGUUUUCAAAAUUAUCGAUACUUGUAUGUUUAGUGCAUUUACAAUAAAAAACAAUUUUAGUUCAUGAUCAUUUACUAA